AUGGGCAAAAACGACAAGAAGCCAGCCGAUAAGAAAGACGCCGGUAAGUCGGCCGGCGGGAAGAAGGGAGGCAAGGGCGAGAGCGACGACAAGGGGGGCAAGGCCAAGGGCGCGCAGUCCAUCAACGUCCGGCACAUUCUGUGCGAAAAGCAUGCGAAGAAGGAGGAGGCCCUGGCCAAGCUGAGAGAUGGGGCCAAGUUUGACGAAGUCGCCAGAGAGUUCUCCGAAGACAAGGCGAGGCAAGGCGGGUCCCUAGGGUGGAAGACGAAGGGGAGCCUGGAUCCCAAGUUCGAGGACGUUGCCUUUGCUCUGGCCUCGAGCACGACGGCGAGCCCGGUUUACGGCGAGGCCAAGACAGAGUUCGGAUAUCACAUCAUCAUGGUGAGUUCCGACGUCGAAGGUAGAAAGUAA